UCACAUGUAUACAUCCGGUAAUAUAUCUAUCUCAUUGUUCUAUCUGUGGUUACAGCUAAACCCCGCAAUAAAGACAAGAUGGCAGGACUGCCCCGCAGGAUUAUUAAGGAGACUCAGCGCUUGAUGGCUGAGCCUGUCCCAGGCAUUAAGGCGGAGCCUGACGAAGGGAACGCCCGCUACUUCCAUGUGGUCAUCGCCGGGCCCCAAGACUCACCCUUCGAAGGUGGCACGUUUAAACUUGAACUCUUUCUCCCCGAGGAAUACCCCAUGGCAGCUCCAAAAGUACGCUUUAUGACCAAAAUAUACCACCCCAACGUAGACAAGCUGGGAAGAAUAUGUCUUGACAUCUUGAAAGAUAAAUGGUCUCCAGCCUUGCAGAUCCGUACUGUCCUGCUAUCAAUCCAGGCAUUACUAAGUGCUCCCAACCCUGAUGAUCCUCUAGCGAAUGAUGUUGCGGAGCAGUGGAAGUCCAAUGAAGCUCAAGCCAUAGAGACGGCCCGGACAUGGACCAGGCUUUACGCUCAAAACAACAUAGAAGUGUAGAAAACGUAAAACAAGCGGAAAGAAACUGAGCGGGAAUUCAGUGUGAGAACACACUCCUUAUUUCUGCCAAGACCUCUUCUUAUUCCUACUUCAUUUGCAUUUAAAGGACACCGUCUUGGAGAAAAAAAGGUAUUAUUAUAAUAAAGUAAACAUUUAAGGAAUAUAUUAAAAAAGAGGAAAAAGACAAGUAAAUUGGUGAUUUUAAAUGCACAUACGGGAAGAAAAAAAACGUAACUUGUCAUCUUUGUCCUAACUCACUACUGUUCAGAUGCAUGGGCAGCCAGGGUUGAGAUCUAACUCACCACCUGGCUUUAUUUUCCAUUGAUUUGGGAGGAAACUGCCAACCUCUGCUUUUAACUAGCUUCGUACAGAAAAUGUAAAAAACGAAGUGUUUGUCUGUCCCAUGUUUUAUUCGGAGGGGGUGGGUUGGAGGGAGACAGUCUGGGUUCUUGUCCAAGAUGGCCAAACUUUAAAAAACUUUUCUUUUAACUUUGUUUUCUCUUCUGAUGCUGGUUGUUUAUUGAAAUCCGCUGAUUAGCCCCGUGUAGUAGACACACCCUUUGAGACAGGCUAUUGUUGGACUCAUUACCCUGUUGAAGGCCAAGCCGCAAAACAAAAUCAACAUAGCGCCUGUAACAUGAAAUACAAAGUAAUGAUAUAACGACUAAACAAUGAAUCUGAGUCUGCCACCAUCACGUUUAACUGUUGCAACCACUGUCCGUGUAGAGACCCUAAGGUAGUCUUGUGGCGGAGGGAGGGCAGUAUGGAGUGGGAUAGGGGUGGCGGGACAGGAAUUCCAUAACUUCUGUAUUAGGAAUAUAUUGUUUUUCUCGUCUCUCCUUUUUAUUUGAUAUGUAUGUUUUCCUGACAUCGGCUGACAUGGCUCUUUUAGCUUCUUGUUCUUCCUGUUUGUCACAAUCUAAUGCUACAAGACACAACGGUUUACUUCCUUCCCAUGGCAUUAAUUUCCGAAAAGUGUAAUGAGUUGUAAGUUCUGCUGUGUGUGUGUGUUAGGGGUAAUUUUGCUCGAGGAGGUUGGGGGGAGGUAAGGGUAGGUGGUUAGGGGUAAUGGGGGAAUCGCAGGAACUAACUCCAAGAGAUCAAUGAAGGCUUUUGUCUCAACUGUCAAUAUUGGUAUUUGGUUUGAAAAGUCUGUAUUCAAUUCACUGUUUGUAAAUUCAUUAUUUCUAUUGAACUGGAGGGGUCGGGGGGGGGGCACGUUUUCCUGUUCUCCAAAUGGUAGGAAAACAGUCCACCUGCAUUUUUUUCUGUAAAUAAAAUAUGUUGAUUUAAUAAGAAAA